CCCCCGCCUCUUCUGGGCGGGGGAUCCUCUCUCACCAAUGAAAAGUAGUCACCGACUGCAGAGAAAAAAAAAGUUUUCCUGUUGACUGUUGGAAGCGAAUUGAGCAAUUAUCUAGUUUACCUUCUCCUCUUGGAAGUUAACGAUUGGCGAGAUCUUGGCUGCGUUAUUGACACAACACUUUCUAUUGAUAGAAAUAAGUAGUGAUUGUCCCCGAGUCAUUGGUGCGCCAAGAACUCUGCGAUGGGCUGGCAGGAGUCCAUUGGGCUGGGCAGGCAGGUUCGGCUGGUGAUGCUGGGGAGGAGGAGGAGGAGGCUGCUGGUGGUGACGGUGCCUGUCCUCUCCGCAGGUCUGUGACAAGCUGGGGACGAGGCAACGACCGACCGUGCCACCCAACCCCGGCGGACGGAAGCUGGCAACUCAGUCAUGGACGGUAGCUGCCUCAACGCGACCACCAAAAUGCUAGCGACUGCUCCAGCUCGGGGCAGCGUGAUGAACACAUCCAAACCCUUGGCUUUCUCCAUCGAACGAAUCAUGGCGCGGACCCCUGAGCCUAAGGCCCUGCCGGUCCCCCACUUCCUGCAGGGAGCCGUGCCCAAAGGAGACCCCAAGCACUCUCUGCAUCUCAACUCGUCGAUCCCCUGCAUGAUCCCUUUCGUCCCCGUGGCGUACGACACGAACUCCAAAGCCGGAGUGACUGGCUCCGAGCCCCGCAAGGCGAGUCUGGAGGCUCCGGCGCCGCCCGCGGUGGCGCCCUCGGCGCCGGCGUUCAGCUGCAGCGACCUGCUCAACUGCGCGCUAAGUCUCAAGGGCGACCUGGCCCGCGACACGCUGCCGCUGCAGCAGUACAAGCUGGUAAGGCCGCGUGUGGUCAACCACUCUUCGUUCCAUGCCAUGGGCGCCCUGUGCUACCUGAACCGAGGUGAUGGCCCGUGCCACCCGGCUGCUGGCGUGAACAUCCACCCCGUGGCCUCCUAUUUCCUCAGCUCCCCUUUGCACCCACAGCCAAAAACAUAUUUAGCCGAAAGGAAUAAACUGGUUGUACCGGCGGUGGAGAAGCUCCCUUCGGGUGUAGCUUUCAAAGACCUGUCCCAGGCGCAGCUGCAGCAUUACAUGAAAGAAAGCGCCCAACUUUUGUCAGAAAAAAUAGCGUUCAAAACCUCAGAUUUCAGCCGCGGCUCUCCUAAUGCCAAACCCAAAGUUUUCACUUGCGAAGUCUGUGGAAAGGUCUUUAAUGCGCACUAUAACUUAACCCGUCACAUGCCGGUGCACACAGGAGCCAGACCCUUCGUUUGCAAAGUGUGUGGGAAAGGUUUCCGACAAGCCAGCACCCUUUGCAGGCAUAAAAUCAUUCACACGCAGGAAAAACCUCACAAGUGUAACCAGUGCGGUAAAGCGUUUAAUAGGAGUUCCACGUUAAACACGCAUACCCGGAUCCAUGCCGGCUACAAGCCAUUCGUGUGUGAAUUCUGUGGCAAAGGGUUUCAUCAAAAAGGGAACUACAAAAACCACAAGUUGACCCACAGCGGGGAGAAGCAGUUCAAGUGCAACAUCUGCAACAAGGCUUUCCACCAGGUGUACAACCUCACCUUCCAUAUGCACACUCACAAUGACAAGAAGCCCUUCACCUGCCCCACUUGCGGCAAGGGCUUCUGCAGGAACUUUGACCUCAAGAAGCACGUUCGCAAGCUGCACGACAGCAGCCUGGGGCUGACACGCACUCCUACUGGGGAGCCAGGCAGCGACCCACCGCCCCAGCUGCCACAGCCACCGCCAGCAACUCUGCCACCGCGGCAACCAGCGUUGCCGCCUCCCGGGCCUCUGCAACCCGGGCUUCACCAAGGUCACCAGUGA